AUGGAACAUUCGUCAAAAGAUAACAGUCCUGCUAAAUGGCGUGAGCUAUAUCAUGGAAUCAAGGCUUACAGACAGGACCAUGUUGCUCCAGUAGAUGUUGUCGGAUGUGCUAUGCUGGGCGAUAAGACUGAUCCAAAGAUCUAUCGAUAUCAGACAUUGACAGCAUUACAAUUAUCUUCACAAACCAAGGAUGCUGUUACCGCAGGUGCGAUCGCUAAUCUUAAAUCUCAUGAGCCAGGUGGUUUGACUGUAGAAAGUAUUCUAGCAAUGGAUCCCAAAACGCUUGAUGGCUAUAUUAGCAAAGUGGGAUUCCAUAACCGCAAAGCAUUGUAUAUGAAACAAACAGCAGAAAUAUUAAAAACUCAAUAUAACAGCGAUAUACCUGAUACACUUUCUGGAUUAAUGUCAUUGCCUGGAAUCGGACCUAAAAUGGCACAUCUUGCAAUGCAAGAGGCCUGGAACCAGACGGUGGGAAUAGGCGUAGAUACGCACGUACAUCGCAUUUCCCACCGUAUUGGAUGGACAAAGUAUCUCAAGACCCCGGAGCACUCCAGAAAGGAACUGGAAGAGUGGUUGCCUAGACAGUAUUGGAACGAAAUCAACAAACUACUUGUUGGGUUUGGACAAACCUUGUGUUUGCCUGUUGGACCAAAAUGCACCGAAUGUCCAGUAUCUCACUUGUGUCCUCGCAUUGGAGUCAAGACCACAUCAGCCAUGCAAAACAAACUUGUCCAGAUUCAAUCUCCAUUUUUUAAUGACUCACCACGGCCAGCAAAACGAACAAAAACUACGGACCGUUGA